AUGGCAACCCUCCGCAUCAUCUUCUUCGUCACUCUUUUGGCGGCCAUCGUCUUGGCCGCUCCAGCACCAGCCAAGAUCAGGAAGAGGUCCUUCAAGGUUCCUCGACACAUCAAUGCACCUGUCCACGCUCGUGGUCUCAACGGAGGAGCUGCCGUGAGGAGGGUGUUCAACAAAUACAACCUCAAGGGAGGAUUCAUUGCGGCAGAAAAGACUGGAGCGCUCGCUACGGACCUCAAGAUCAACGCCAGCAACAGUACCGCCAAUGGAACUGGAACUGUCGCUGCCAACCCUGGAGACAAUGCUGCUCUCUUCCUCUCGCCUGUGGACAUUGGUGGCCAGACACUGAACCUGGACUUCGACUCUGGCUCCUCUGAUCUCUGGGUUUUCAGCACUGAUCUCCCUCAGCAAGCCACUACCGGUCACGGCGUUUACGACAAGUCCAAAUCGACUACCUUCAAGGCGGUAACCGGUGCCCAGUGGCAGAUCUCCUAUGGUGAUGGCUCCGGCGCUGCCGGAACGGUCGGAACUGACGCCGUUACCAUCGGUGGUGUCACUGUUCAGAACCAGGCUGUCGAGCUUGCCAACGCUGUCUCGCAAUCCUUCGUUCAAGAUACCAACACUGACGGUCUCGUCGGUCUCGCUUUCUCUAAGCUCAACACCGUCAACGAUGGUACCAAAAAGACUCCCCAGAAGACUUUCUUCGACAACGUCAUGGGUGACCUUGACCUGCCCGUCUUCACUGCUGACCUCGACCCCGAUGGCACUGGUGUCUACGAGUUUGGUAAGAUCGAUGCCACCAAGUUCCAAGGCGACAUGGCAUGGAUUCCCGUCAACGCAAGCUCCGGUUUCUGGCAAUUCUCCUCUGCCAAGUUCGCUGUUGGUGACCAGGUCGCCGAGAACCCGACUGCUUCUCAGGCCAUUGCCGACACCGGUACCUCCCUCCUCCUCGUCGACCAGAACGUCGCCGAGGCCUACUACUCCCAGGUCCAGGGUGCGCAGCUCAACUCUCAAGUUGGUGGAUUCAUCUACCCCUGCGCCGCCACUCUUCCGGACAUGUCUGUUGCCAUCGGCGACACCUACAUGGCCAAGAUCCCUGGCAAUCAGAUCACCUUUGCUACUGUUGACCAGGCCAACACGACCUGCUUCGGUGGUGUUCAGGGCAACCAGGGUGCUGGACUCCAAAUCUACGGUGACGUGAUGUUCAAGGCGCAAUUCGUCGCUUUCAACGGCGGCAACCAGUCGCUUGGUUUCGGCGAGAAGCCCCCGGUUGCUUAG